AUGGGAGUAUCGUCGCCUACGAUGAGUCGCUCCGCUCGCGACGUCACCCCGGGUUCCCUAAGGAGGAAUACAAGCAGCCGUGCGGCGUCACCGACAGAGAGUCUCAGCGAGGAGAUGAGCGGAAACGAGGCCGGAAACCUUCAGCGAGUGGCUACAGACAAUGCAGGGCAAGCCGCUAUCAUCAUGCGCAAGAAGCUGCCAUGGCUGGACACUGCAACCACGAGACCUGGCGUUACAGCCACCAAAGCUCAACCAAUCGCCAACCCCCCAAAGAACACUCCUAAAAUCCUUCCAACCUCAACAGACAGACAAAGACCUGCCUACCACAACGUCUCGAACAGCCAGCAGCAGAUCCGGCCAAAACAGAUUGAAUCUUCGUAUGUCUCGUCGGAUUACAGUGCUGGUACCUUGAGCGACGCCGAUACCCUGCCCACCAAUCUGCCGAGAAAGGAUCCCGCCUCUUACGAGAAGCUCGUAGAUACAGUAUUUGAGCCUGGGGGAAGAACGCCAGUACUUCACCCAGGCGCAAGACGAGCGGCCAAGACUGAGCUGAAUACUUCGAGAAAAGUCAGUACACGUGCCGAAACAGUCAGCGACGAUAUGGGAGAUGGAACAAAGACGCUAAAGCCGAAUCCGAGUCCCUACCGCAACAUGCCCAAGCCACAGGUCGACGAAACUCGACCGCGCCGCUGCAAAUCCUGCGAGACUGAAGCACCAUCAGAUGACGGAUCGAGUCCCCGUGCACUUCGCCAUACGAAUCAGGACAUCGCGGCAGUCGAACGCAGGUUCUCGCCACGGAGCCAUGCAGAUCGGACCAAGCCAGCCUCGCGGCCCGUCCUGCUACCUGCCACCUCGAGCUCUUCUUCUCACGUCGACGCUGAUUCGGGUGUUCAACGCAAGCAGAGUCAGACAGAGGCGGUGGACGUAAGUAGGUCAUCUGGGUCUCUGAACCGCGCCGUAACAGGGUUGGAGAAUCUGAUGGAAGAAGCGCUAAAUGUUGCACGAGAUGCGGUCAAGACCGGUCGUUCUGAGGCCGUCGCUGGUGUUCUCAACGAUGCGACCAUGGCGUUGAGGCAAGCGAACUCGGUCCAGAGCAAUAUGCACGAGCGCCGAAGCUUAACAACAUAUGACAGCCAACAUGUCUCUGAAAGCGACUCCGAAUCUGACUCUUCGCACCGAAGGGGCCAUAAGGUCUCAGCAGAGACGCUUCCAACUGUCUACACCAAGAGUACCAAAUCAAGACAGCAGAUUCGCGCCAAUGACAGACACUCACAGCCAAGUUUUCAGGGCGGACGUAACGCUCGAAGAGACCGGGCGGCAUAUUCGGACGACAAUUCAAUCUCGCACACCCCUCCAAGACUCUAUCAACCUGCAUCAGCGGAGUCGAUCGUUCGAGACUUUGCCUACAACGAACAAAAAAGCCGCCGAAAACCGUCUCUGCGUACACCAUAUGGUGCUGCGGCGUCCUUCUAUCACGAUCAAGGCGAAUCUAUCGCACUUCAACCAGGUGUGCGACAGAGCAUUCCUGGCUACGAUAAGCUACUGCCAGCCUUACCAGCUCAGGCGUAUCAGCCAGCACAGCCCGCCGCAUCGCAUCACCCUGCAUUCUUGAACUCUGGCAAGCACGAACGAGUUCACCGAGCUCACCAGUCUCGCCGUGACAACACCGACCGUAUCGUGCUGGCGGCGCAAGAGUCUGAUGUUGACCCUUUGGCGCAGAGACCGAUACAGCGCAAGGGCACUGGCCCUUUGCCUGCACUCCCGGCAGAGCUUCGACACAAGCUUGACCAGAGGCAAGAAGAUCAUGCACCGGCUGAGCACCCGCAUCAUGCACACCGUCCCUCAUUCAUGCAGUCUUCGUACUACCGUAACGACGAGAAACCAAGCCUCAGCCGAGAAGCUCAAUGGGAGCAGUCGCCCAACAGUGAAGAGCCUGUUGGCAAGCCCACGAGUAAUGCUGUGUGCCGGGUGGCUGACAUUGCAUGCAGACAUCAUCUCAGCCUCCGUGAAGGCGAGAAGUUCAGUCUCGCAAAACAUCACAAGCGACAGCCGAUUGCACCCCUUAUAGCCUGCCUGAACACGAUCUUCAUUGGACUCAUAGCUGGCAUCUACGCGGGCGAAGUCCCUCGCAUACAGUAUCAACUGGCAGACCAGUCGCACUGGGUCAACUUUGGCAACAUGCUCCUCUUCUUCAGCCUAGGCCUUGCGACGCUCAUAUUCUGGCCACUCCCACUCCUCCACGGCAGAAGACCAUACACACUCCUGGCCUUGGGCUUGAUGCUGCCAUUGCACUUGCCUCAAGCUCUGACUGUCGCGAGCUAG